AUGUUCUCUGCCAGGAAGCUGUCUGGAGUUUGCAGAGCCAUCAGAUUCCAUCAUUUCAGAUCCCAUUCUGUAUCCAGACCCUCUCCAAACUUGACUUUUGUGCCAGCCAGUCUGCCUCCAGACCCUGCAAAAGUAGAGGAGCUGCAGCACUUUGUUUCUAACUCCAAGAGGCUUUUUGUCAUGACUGGGGCUGGAAUCUCGACCGAAUCAGGGAUCCCAGAUUACCGCUCGGAAGGGGUCGGGCUGUACGCCAGGACAGACAGACGGCCUGUCCAGCACGCUGAGUUCGUUCGUAGCGCCAGCGCCCGGCAGCGCUACUGGGCAAGGAACUUUGUGGGCUGGCCCCAGUUCUCCUCCUACCAGCCAAACACAGCACAUCUGGUACUCAGAGACUGGGAGAAACUGGGGAAACUGCACUGGCUGGUGACCCAGAAUGUGGAUGCCCUUCACACCAAAGCUGGGAGCCAGCGCAUGACAGAACUACAUGGCUGCACACACAGGGUUUUCUGCCUGGCCUGUGGAGACCAAAUCCUGCGCUCUGAGCUUCAAGAGCACUUUGAAGCUUUGAAUCCCACCUGGAAAGCUGAAGCAUUCGGUGUGGCUCCAGAUGGGGAUGUCUUCCUGACAGAUGAGCAGGUGUGUAAUUUCCAAGUCCCAGCCUGCCGUAGAUGUGGUGGAAUCCUGAAGCCUGACGUGACAUUCUUUGGAGACAUGGUGAGCCAGGAGAAAGUGAAUUUUGUGCACCAACGCCUGGCAGAAUCAGACUCCAUGCUGGUGGCAGGAUCCUCUAUGCAGGUAUACUCUGGUUACAGGUUUGCUCUUGCUGCCCAGGAGAAGCAGCUGCCCAUUGCAGUCCUUAACAUUGGGCCCACAAGGCUGGAUCACUUUGCAUCCUUAAAACUGAACUCCCGCUGUGGAGAGCUGCUGCCUUUGAUAGUGGUACAUGAUGCAACAAGCUGA